AUGGAUGAUGAAAAUAAGAAACUGCGUUCUAAAAACGAUCAAUUCUCCGCACAAUUAGAAAAACAGCUUAGGGAGUUGGAACAAUUGGGCGCUGAGAAUGCUCAAUUGAAACGAGAGAAGAACGAGCAAGACGAACGUCAUGUCAUCUUUGAACAAACUGUGAAGAACAAGCUUAUUGAGACUCACCAGUUGGGUGAUGAAAACAAAAAGUUACGUUUGAAAUGUGAACAAUUUUGUGAGCAAUUGGAAAAGAAGAAAACAGAGAUUACUAAGUUUUGCGAAGAUCGCGACAUGGCUAUGAAAGAGGUGCUGAAACUUCGUGAAGAGCGUGACCUUGCAAAAACUUUUAUGGAGAAAGCAGCUGCCGACAUUCAUUCAAAAGAUAUUAUGAUUCGAAAUAUUGAGACUAACUUUGAACAUCAACGUCAAGCUCUUCAAAUUGAAUUCAAUAAUGAACGUGGUCAUUUUAAAAACGUGGAGCAAGAAUGGUUAAAUGCUAAUGGACAACUGGCCAAAGAACUUACUAAUGCUAAUGAUUUUGUUCGGGAGCUUGAGUAUAAGAAAUCACAAAUUGAGCAGAAACUCAAAAUUCGAAGCGAUGCAUAUAAGCAAAUUGAGAAAUUAAAAGUCGAGAUGAGCCAUGCUUCUGAAUUGUAUAAUAAGCUUCAAGCGAAAUUUGAAGCUGUUCAGGCUGAAAAUGAAAAAUUAGUUUCUGUCAAUGCUGAAUUAAAGAAGGAGGCCACUAAUUUCCAAUCUCAAAACAAAGCUAUGAGUCAAUCAUCUGUUGAAUUGGAUCAAUUCAAGGGUACAAUUGCGGAAUUGAAUACAAAGCUGGAUCAACAACGUUCUCGUAAUCAAGAGUUGAGAGAUGCUAAUUAUAAGCUGAUGGAUACUGUGAAGCUCCUCCAAUCUUCCAAAUCGCUUGUUAAUGGUACGCCUCCCAUUACCAAUGGAAACAUUUCCGGUACUCAUGUCGAACAAGAUUCUGCGGUUGUUGAAAAGCUCGUCUUAGAAAACAAACAAUUCAAGUCAACAUUGGAUUCAUUGAAUAAGCAACUGGAAGAGGUUUCAAAGAUUGCGAUGGAGGUUGAAAUUGAUAGAGAUGCUAAGGUUGCACAAAUCGAGAAAAUGUUAAAUGAAGCAAAAUCGUAG